UUUUGGGAGAGCACUUGAACAAACUUGUACAGUGGGACAGGGCCAUAAUGGUAGUCAAAUCCUAGGAGGUCUUUUUUCAUUCAAGACCGAUUCUGGAAUAGUGUGCACAGGAUACUGCUAUGCUCGAGACAUCUGUUCAUAGAUGGCAUAUAUCAGCGCUUUGUCACCCUAUAGCUACAUCGGUAAGGCCAUGAUGCCACUCAUGAUCUUUAACCCGGCUGACCUGGCUCAUGUGUACUUUCAGAUUCAGAUCAGUACCUUUGGAUAUUAAUGUGCCAGUUCUGGAAGCUUUCUAUUGUAGCCCAUUCAAUUCUGAAGGGAAAUGCUUCUUUUAAAGUGUUGAAUAGUAUCCCAAUUUCAAUCGCAAUUUCAUAAACAACUGGAAAGGAAAAUCGCUUUGGUGUCCAAAUUAAACUGGUUUUGAAGUGUAUUAACGUAGAUGGAUUCCAAAUAACCUUGUAAUGAUUAGCCAAUCCUUGGCACUGUUUACGGAAGGAAAAUACUCAAAUGCUUGAAUGACAUUACUCCCUAAACACGUGCACUUACCCAUGUCUAUUUAAGACCACGAAGAGAGAAACCUGAAGUGAGUGCAAUGACUUAGCAAGUCUACAGCUACUCGUUGUAUGGCUCGGAUUCUCUCCUCAUUCACUGAAGACAUUUUCCGGAAUCUUGGCUGUAAGAACCCUUGGAUUGCAGCAUCCUUCUGAUGCGAGUUCAUUAGGGGUGUCAGGACAGAACAGGCUGGUUGUCAACAAAAAUCUCUGGACUGCGGAUCAGAAGCUUAGGUGAAGGAUUUCCUCAGUGAAAACCCACAGCUAUUCAAGUUAUUUUUUACACAGAAAGUGUACCUGUCCUAAGUGAAACCAAUUUGUUUAAAACGCUGAAGACAUUGUGUGAGUCUCCAUGAUGGACUGCUAAGUAGAAAGGGAUAAUUCUCCUUCUACAUUUAUUGAAAUAUCCUGCAACUGACUUUGGACGAAGACGAAACAUGUCGAGCCAUUUAACCGGAGAUGCUUCAUUCAGCUCCAGACAGGAACUGCUGAAUUUAAAUGAACCAUGCUUGAGCACCAAUAAUGUAGAGACUGCGGAUUCUGAAGUCAUUAACGAGAAAAUACAGUGCAAUGGGACAAAAGUAUACAAUAAGUCCUACCAACAUAAUUCGCACUCGAACAAUUCUGAACAUGUGUGUGGCUGGGGUCUGUUCAAGCCCAAAUUUCUGCAGGCUUGCAACACGCCAAUAGGAAUCCUUGGCUUCCUCUGCUGUGCUUCCUUUCUCCAAGGAAUGAUCGUUAAUGGAUUUAUAAAUACUGUUAUCACUUCAAUUGAACGGAGAUUUGAUCUACGCAGCUACCACAGUGGCAUGAUUGCCAGCUCUUAUGACAUAGCUGCGUGCAUCUGCCUGCUGUUUGUCAGCUACUUUGGUGGGAGUGGUCACAAGCCAAAGUGGCUCGGCUGGGGGGUCUUAAUCAUGGCUUUGGGGUCACUCGUGUUUUCUUUGCCUCAUUUUGUUUCCAGUCAUUAUAUAGUGGAUUUAACGGAGCAGUCUGGUUUAUGCAACACCACAAAGUCUACACAAUGUCAGGAAGGUUCGUCAAGUUCCUCCAACUACAGGUUUCUGUUCAUGCUUGGACAGUUCCUCCAUGGCAUUGGGGCAACACCACUGUACACCCUGGGAGUGACCUAUCUCGAUGAAAAUGUCAGGUCCAACCAUGCUCCUGUUUACAUCGCUAUUUUCUACACAGCAGCUAUUGUUGGACCAGCAGCUGGCUACUUACUUGGAGGCUUUUUCCUCCAAAUGUACACUGAGAUAAACACCACGGUUAAUCUUACUCCGGAGAAUCCCCUGUGGGUGGGGGCAUGGUGGGUCGGAUUCCUUGGAGCCGGAGCAGCAGCUUUCCUCGUCUCUAUCCCAAUCUUCGGUUACCCUCGACAACUUCCAGAGUCCCAACAGUAUAUGGCCAUGAGGGUCUCAGAAGCUCACCAACUGAAGGAUGGGAGCCAGCAGACUGCACUGGAGCCAGAUUUUGGGAAGACGUUAAGGGACUUGCCCAGGUCUGCAAUGUUGUUGCUGAGGAAUCCAACAUUCAUCUUUCUCUGCCUGUCAGGAGCAACUGAGGCCACUCUCAUAGCCGGCAUGUCCACGUUUGGACCCAAGUUCCUUGAAGCCCAGUUUGGUCUGAGUGCCUCUCAAGGUGCAACCCUAUUUGGGUACAUUGUAGUUCCAGCGGGAGGAGGUGGCACAUUCCUUGGCGGAUUCAUUGUGAAUAAAUUAAAACUUCGUUGUGCGGGAAUCAUCAAGAUUAGUAUUAUUUGUGCAUUCAUGAGCCUGCUAGCUAUUUUCAUUGUCAGCAUUAACUGCCCCAACAUGGCUGUGGCUGGGAUCACUUCAACAUUCAAUGGCAGUGUUUAUGAUGGGGCUAUCAAUGUGACUGCAACAUGCAACGCUGAUUGUAACUGUUUAAUGGAAUUGUACAAUCCAGUUUGUGGAGCAGAUGGUUUAAUGUAUUACUCACCUUGUCAUGCUGGAUGCACAGAAUUUAAUUCAACACUGUCACCAAAUGGCAGAAAGAUAUUCCACAACUGUCUCUGUGUAAUGGAGCACGAUGCGAUGAGGCGGGGUUAUGCAGAAUCUGGGAAAUGCGAUUCUCCCUGUACACAAUUGCCACUAUUUAUGUCGAUCUUCUUUUUUGUAAUUUUCUUCACGUUCUUGAGCAGCAUUCCUGCGUUAACAGCAACUCUCAGGUGUGUCCCUGAUAGUCAGCGAUCAUUUGCACUCGGUAUUCAAUGGAUUUUAGUCCGUACUUUAGGAGGAAUCCCAGGCCCAAUUGCGUUUGGAUCCGUUAUUGACAUGUCCUGCUUGUUGUGGCAGCGUCAAUGCACAGAGAGAGGCUCUUGUUAUAUCUACCAAAAUUCAGCCAUGAGCAAAUAUCUCCUGAUUGCAGGAAUAACAUACAAGAUAGCGGGGUUAUUAUUCUUUCUCCUGGCUUUUUUUCUGUACAAACCACCAGGAUCAACACUCAGUAGUUCAACCAUGGACAAUGGAGACUCUGAUUUAGACAAGGGUGUUUCACAAAAUACAGUUAAAAAAGUAAUUACUCUCUAAUUAACUCGCACUUACAUUGCAUUUAAUGAAAAUUGUAUUCUUGCCACUCCACAUUAUUGGAUGUCAUUCACCGUACUCAUCUAACCAGCCACAUUUUAACAUCAACCUUGUUAUUUUCAUGAUCAACUUUUUCAGUUUUAACGUUGUUGAACAUCGGGACUAUUUACAAAAUUUUAACAUUGAAAAUUGUAUAAAUUAAAUCUGUGCAGAGUGUACAAUGAUAUAGAAACGAUUGAAAGUGAAUAAGUGAUGAUGUUUACCUGCAAACACUACAUCUAUAUACGUAUAAGGAUUCUUCAUUGCAAGUGUUAGCCAUUGCACUGGAUGGGUCAGGAGACUGAGGAUUGGCAUGGUUUACACACCCAUAAACUAUGCAACAGUGCUUAAGCCUUUAAUGGAUGUCUAUGCAGCUGUAAUGUCAUUUAUUUCAGCUAUUUACAAAGCUCUUUUAAAUAUUGACAAAUUCUUAAUUAUGCAAUUCACAGGUACAUUUUACACUUUUGAUAUUAGACAUUAAGACUAGGAUUUUCUUACUUUUCUUUAUAAAUUCCCAAUUACUUCAGUCUUUAGCUCCAAUCCUGGGGCAGUGCAACCAUGGGGACUCCAACAACAGACCAUUGCGUAGAUUUAGAAAAUUUCUCUAUGAGGAACUAAAUAAUAUAGUUGCUAAGGGAACGGAAAUCUUGCUAAAUGUCAAUUGUAACUUGGCAAUUGGUAAUACUACAUCCCAGGAAAAAAAAUCACAAAUAUCCUAAAGGAAAUCCAUUCAAAACUUCGAAUGCAAUUCAAAUAAAAUAAGAGUAUAGCAAAAUGAUAUGGGAAGCCCAUGUUAUUUAUAAGGCACAAUUAUUUUCUUUUUAUCAUCCUAACCAUUUGUGGGACUGUAAGCUGAAAGUGACCAGAAUUGGUGUUAGUGGUGGAGAUGGUUGUUGCAUGGUGCAGUGGGCGUGGAAGGAAUAUUUAGCUUCCAUAGUAAUAAUUAUGAGAGUGAUGUACCAGAUUAACACCCUUGGCUCACAUUAAUACUUGAAAGAAAACCUGCAGCUAUAUGUUGGACACUGAGUGUUUGUUUUAGAAACUGUUGAACUGGAGGUUAAUUAUUCAGGAUGUUAGUUGUGGCUGUGGGAGCUGGCACUGAUUAUCAGGUGAUUAAUAACAUCCUUGUGCAUUAUUUAUUAUUAAUUGCUCUUCUUUUAUCAAAAGACAUAAAAAAUGGAUAACAUUUUUUUAUAAACCUUUCCCUUGAAAUGAUGCUGAGAUACAGGCACUUAAAUAUAUUAGUGUAGGAAGGAACUGCAGGUGCUGGUUUAUAUCGAAGAUAGACACAAAGUGCUGGAGCAACUCAGCAGGUCAGGCAGCAUCUCUGGAGAAAAGGAACAGGUAACUUAUUGGGUUGGAUUCCUUCCUCAGAUUGCAUAAAGACAUGAAUCUAAUUAACUAGGUAAUUAACAUAUGCACGGCUGCCACUCCCAUGAUUUUCAGCAUAAGGAUGCAAUCUACCACCUUUGUCUAUCAGUCAAAAGAUAUCAAGGAGCAAAUGGGCAACAGUUCAGUAAACAUGUGUAAAAUAACCAAUGUUUCACCCCUGUGUGCCAGCCUUGUUUGUCAUCGCAGAUUACAUGCGGAUGUUGUUCCCUCGGUAGUGGCAGAAAUUCUAUGCUAUGCGUCUUCGUUGAUCUGCCAGACUAAUCAGCCUGUGUCCCCCAAAAGCUUGGGACAAGGGACUUGAUCGGGACAUUAGAACACAUUAGGUAUGGAGCCAUUUAUUCAGCUUUCCAUUCACCCCACCACCCCCACUGUAUUUGGAAAGACACGCCCUUUUCUGCGCUGCUAUGGGGUGGACAUGAGGAGCAGUGCUUUGAAGUCUGACUGCCUUCCCAGCGAUGAGCAUGGGAAAGAUGCGUUAACUUAAUUUGGCAAGCAAUUCUUGACAGGAACUGCACAGUCCCCAUCUUAGCACAUCAAUCAGUGUGGAAAGUGCCACAAAAUGUAUUUGAAAAAUAAAAUCCCUCGGUUUAGUUUUUCGGAGUCUAGGUGGGCGUUAAUACUAAACACAAAGAAUGAAUUCCAAUUUCUAGACAAUAGACUGCCAAAAUAAAAGGAACAAGUUUUGCAACUGACGUGGUUUGUGCCAUGAUGUAACUUUUUAAAUAUUGCAAUAAAAUAAGGAAUUGAUUAUUAGUUUAUUAAAGGUGUCAUCAAUCUCUAAGAUGGAAUUUAUCUCUUAAUCAAACUGCCCCAGACUAACCAAAAAAUCCAUCAGUUACUAGAGUUACUAAAAUUUGGUAUUUCAGGAUAGUUUCUAUAUUCUAUUUUGUUAGUUAACUUUUAAAAGCACUAUUUUACCAAUGCAAGGGUUAGAGUUUAUCAUUUGCAAUGAUGUAUAGGAGUUUAAUGUCAGGAUUAUUCAGAUUCAUAUUCUACAUGAGUGAAUUUUUGAAAUACAAUAAUUGUUGAGAUUUAUAGGAGUUUUCGCUGUUUUUGAUAUAAUCUAUGUUUCCAUGAAAUAGGGGGAUCCUCUGAGGACGGUUGUUUUAUCUCUUGCCACACUUAUCCUAUUCCCUAGAGUUUGGAAGAAUGAGAAAUCGUAUCCCAAAGUUCUUAAUCAGAUUGACAGGGUAGCAGCUUCUAAGCAUUUCCUCCAAUUGUGGAAUCUAGCUUCAGUCAUAGUGGCAGAAAAUGGCCUUAAUUGUUUAUAACAGAACGGAUAGGAAAUGUCCUCACUCAAGGAGUUACUGGCCUUUGUCAUUCUCAGCCCAGAGGGCUGUGGCUGCAAAGGUUUUGAGUACAUACAUUUCUAUGGGAUUCAUUUGAUGUUGUGACAACAAAAACAAAGUGGAGUUGAAGUGGAAGACCAACUUUUACUUUAUAAAAUGGCAAGCAAACUCAAAGAUCCUGUAGUCAGACAGAAAAUGCAGAAGAAAUUUGGGGGCAGGCAGCAUCUCUGGAGGAAAGGACAUUUCCUGUCGAGACCCUUCUUCAGAAUGAGAUAUGGAAGGAAUAUACAAAGAACAUGUUAGGUGUGAAAAGAACAUCAAAGCAGAUGAUGAUCAAGGAAAUGUACAAUGGUUCAUUGUUGGUUGAGGGGAAGUUGACAACGAGGUAUACAAACAGUAAAAUUAAUCAGGAGGACAGUGAAACCAGUAGGAGAAUUAGGGUGGGGGAGGGAUGGAGAGAGAGGAAAAGCAAGAGCUACUUGAAGUUAGAGAAAUCAAUAUUCAUACCGCUGGGUUGUAAGCUGCCCAAGGGAAAUAUGAGGUGUUGUUCCUCCAUUUUGUGUUUGACCUCACUCUGACAGUGGAGGAGGCCCAGAACAGAAUCCUGCACAUUUGCUUCUGCUUCUGAUUCUUAAGUUGCUGUGUGAAGUAUUCAAUUUGGUAAAUCUUAUGUAUCUUACUCAAAUUAUUUCGACAAAUCUGAUGGGUCUCUAAGAAUCUCUCGUGCAGCAGUCAUCUAGUUGAAAGAAAAUGUGACCUUCAAUCGACAAACCCUCCUUAUUUGGCAUUUAGCACAAAACUGGCCCAGUUCAACCAUGGACAAAUUGGUUUAACAGAAGAUCAGACGAUCAGUCUAACAAUCCACUGAAACCACAAAACUAUCCAUAAACCACAAACGUAUAGAGUAUAUUGUGAAGUUGGUUGAGCAGAGGAACAAAUUGUUAAGAUGCCAUUUUGGAACAGAAUCUGAGAAUAGGUAGGAGGCAAAUGUCUCUGGAAGGAUGGAGCAUUGCAGUUUACAUAGAACCAUUAACAAAAUACCAGGGACAACAGUUCACUGCAUGAAUCUGUAAUUAAAGCAUUUAAACUUCUUUGGGGUGGCCAGAUUUCAGUCCUUGAUUUUAAUAACAAUACAUGUGGCUUCUUCCGUUAAUCAAAAAAAUUCUAGAGGAUUAAUUUCUUGCACUUCAUUUGGAUUACUCAGCAAUUCAAUUGUAAUUUUAAAUGAUGGGAUAUAAAUUGCACAAUGUGGUCUCAAAGUUUAAAAGUGCUUAGAUGUGUUUGGCCUCUUGACUACUUCAUAAACUUCCAUGAAGUGAGAUGUUUUGACAUAAGAUAGAAUCCUUAACAUUCUUGUGAAUUAUUUAAGAUUUAAGGAUCGGAAAGUAGUUAUAUGUGGAGAUCUUCUGGUGGCUAUAAUUAAAUUCAUAGCCAGUCAGAAUGAACCUGGAAUAGGCAGUAGGAAAUAAAGUCUAUGAUCUGAGAUUGAACUGUAAUUACUUAUUGUGAUUACAAUUGCAGUUGAUCUCAGUGUGGUCUAUGAUAAUAUAUGGUCGGAACAAGUGAAGUGAUAUUACUCCCCUGAUUACUCUAACUGCAUACAACUUGCAUCCAACACUGUGCUAUUUUGCUGAAUUUACAGAGCAGCAAAUUUGUCCAUUGUAAUAUGCAUUGCUGCUACAAGGUUGCAACCUUUCUGUUUCAUAUUAGUGCAGCUUAUCAAAAAUAGUUUUUCCUCAGAAAGGAACACCAAUGAGGGUGUUUGGGAGACUACCCACGUAUGCUGUAUAUAAUUAAAAUGAUUAUUAAGACAAUUUAAAAAUAUAUAUAUUUGCUGCAAGCAUUUUUGGUUUAUUUUUUUAAAAUAAGGUUAUUUGUUAUGGGUUGAUAUUUUAUUCUUAAUGCAGAGCAUGGAAAUAAAAUGGUCUGUGAAAACAGAUAUUGGUAUAUUGACAAUUAUUGCAAUACAAUUUGAAAUUGCUGAAUAUGUUUAACGUAUCACUAUUUAUUUCAUGGCAUAAAUUAUAUUCAGAAUUAGUACUGAAUGAAAUAUUUGUGUUAUCCUGUUGAAUGAAUAUUCACACUAGAAUUGGUAUAACCUCUCGAACCAUUAAACUGAAUUUAUUGCUGAAUAAAAUGUUGGUGAAUUAUUGCCAGAUAUCUUUAUGACUUGUACAAUAAUCUUGGGUAGACAAAAAAUGGUGGAGAAACUCAGCAUCUAUGGAGAGAA